AUGCUAGACCCUUGCCCUUUUUACGACGCUGGCCCAUCGUCCAGCAAGGAGCCGCAACCGGCCCCCAAUCCCGCGCCUCCUCCAGCGCCGUUUUCUCUCCCUCCUGCCAUCGCGUCGUCAAGCAAGGGGCCGGCACCGCCGGCCAAUCCCGCGCCUUCCCCAGCGCCCUUCACUCUCCCUCCCGCCAUCGCGUCGUCCAGCAAGGGGCCGCAACCGCUGCCCAAUCCUCCGUUUGCUCCAGCGUCGUUCAUUCUCUCACCCGCCAUCGCGUCGUCCAUUAAAGCGCCUCCCUCUACAGUUGGUAGCAGCGGCUGCAACGAUGUUGCUCCCGCGUCUGAGGUUCGUACGGCUAAGAAGGCGCGCACGGUUUUACUCCGAGGCAAGUUACAGCAGAGCACGUUGACAUUCGGCGGUGUGCGCGUGCCACCACCGAGUGCACUUGAGGAGGAGGAGCCCGAACCUAAGGAACCAGAUGAAAUACCUGUACGUGCAGACACCAACUCCCCCGUUCUGUCCAAGGCUGAGUUGAUGGAGCUGAAGUACAUUGAGGCAAGUGUCAAGUACAACACGCAGUGGUUGCCCAAAUUCCCCUGGCUGCUCUUGCUUCGCGCUAAAGAUGGUAGUCCUAGUGUUAAGUGCAGCGUGUGUCUCUCAUUCGGCAAGGAGACGACCAAGUACUCAGGUCCUGGUGACGGCGGGCGAGACCUGCAGACGCAGACGAUGCGCAUCCACGAGCACACAACGGUCCACAAGGAGGCGAUGCAGCGUCAGGCGGAGAUUGCGGAGGCGAUUUCGAACGGCCAUACGAAAAUCGAUCGGUUCAUCAACGCGGACGUGGAGGGUCGGCGAGCGAUCCGGCUGAUGCGGUCGGUGCAGUUUCUUUGCCAGGAGGGCGCGCCCAUCAGCAUGUUCCCGAAGCUGAUGAGGCAUCUCGCUGAGCAGGACACCCCCGACAUCCCGAAGCAAGCUUACGGGCACAUGCAGACAUCUAGCUCUGUGUAUCUGAACUGCAGGGAGGCAUUGGCGGUGAAGGACGCGGCAGCUUCAAAUCCGGACCUGGCGAUGGUGGACACCGUGGUGCGCAUGCUUGCUGAACGCCUGGGCGCCUCCAGCCACUGGAGCCAGAGGUUCAAGUACCUGCAGCGCAUCAUUUACAACACGAACCUCGAGGUCCAGGGAAUCCACAGCGUGCGCUGGCUGUCCCGGGGCGACGCGGUGAAGCGUCUGUGCAAGGUGCUGGGCGCUGCGAUUAUUCUCUUCCACGAGAAGGAGCACGACUUGUACGAGACAGUCGAUGUUACUGAGGUGGCAAAGACCGUCGAGUCCAUCACUGGUGACCUCGAGCACAGGUACCUUGACAAGAAGGCGGACUUCAGUGGGACCGGCAAUGGAUGGCUCCCGAAAUUCCUGAAGCUGUAUGCGAAGAAGUCGGGCCAGACGGUCCGAGUGCGUGGCGCGGAUUCGGAGGGGCGCCCGGUAAACCACUCGUACAUCCUGCACGAGAGGAAGCUGAAGGACCAUAAGUACAAGAGCGGCUACAAGGCGUGCGUGAAGCUGUGUCGCAAGUUCGCGAAGGACGUCGUCGACCGUCUCCUGUUUCGCCUGGACGACCUGCGGGGGAUGGGUCCAAUGAAGCUGUUUCGCGCGUCGAAGUGGCCGAAGAGCAAGCACGCCCGAGACUGCAAGUGCCAGGACUGGCUGACAGGCUGCAGCGCGCUGUUCAAGAACAAGCUGCCUGGGUUUGAUCUCAAGAAAGCCUCGCAGGAGCUGGCAACUGGUGCCCAAUCAUGGAGUCUCACCACGAGGAAGAGUCGUUCGCACAGGGACUGGCGAACUUCAUGGGGAGCGGCGACGCCAAGAGACGAUCGGAAGCACAAGGAGAAGGAGCCGGAGGAGGAGGAGGAGGAACCCAGCGAGCCUGCACGCGAGGAGGAGUUCGCUGAGUCAGACGACGAUCGUGACGACAACAUGGAGAUGGAUCAGGAGAUUGAGCAGUCGCCGCCCCGAGACUACUCGGAGGAAGAAGAUAACCCCUUCCUCUCGGAUGGCGAGGAGGAGGGAGAAGAGAUGUAUCACAUAGACAAGCCGACAGAGUAG